UCAGGGCGGGCGACGAUUGUUUUCUACGGGCUCGGUUCCGUGCUCCUCCUCGGAUUUCCCGUGAGUCCAGUCGGCCGAGCUCAGCAAUCUCCGAACGAACUCUAACCUCGUGCUAUGUCAGAUUCAAUUGUUUGGAAUUGUGUAUCAUCGGCAGGUGGGUAAUCGUCUCCUUGUACUGCGUAAUUGGCUCAGAUUUCAAAUGCAAUCUUCAGCCUGAAAUCACUGGUGUAAGCUCCUCUCCCCGUGUACACGUCCCGCCCUGACACUGUUCACAGGGAGAGUCUGUACCACUCUCGACUCGAGCCUGUGUCGGAACGUUGAGGCUGCCCUUCAUAGAUGCAAAGCAAAAGUGUUCAGCAAGAACGAGGUGAGAGGAA